CCGAAAGUUGCAUUGCAACUUAUGCGGCCACCUGUUUCAGGGGGGGUCGUCGAAGGCCGCGCGUCAUUUCACGCAGUCGAAGUUCUGCAAGGCUGGGGGGAUGAGAGUUCUUGCGGAACUUUGGAACGACACGGACUACACAUUUGUGUCGUCCACUGCUCAGCGGGUGCAGAGGUGGAUGGCAGACGAGGGCAUACGGGACACGAGAGCGCCCGCUGGUGGCUUGAGACAACGGAUGGAGGACGCAGAGAGGGACGACAUUCAGGACGCCCUCGAUGAGGAGGAGGGCCGCGAGGGUGGGGCCAGGGAGGGGGGGGUGGCAGAUGAGGCAGACGAGGCAGUCAGAGAGCCUGAUCUGCCAGGGGAGGAGGUGGCGAUGACGUCGAGAGGCGUUGGUGGAGCGGGUCCCCCUCCUAGGGCGCCGCGACCUGAGUUGGACCGCGGGAGGAGGGAGAAGAGGACAGUGAGGCAGGCUGGCGUCGAGGUGUCAGACACGGGCAGGGAGAAGAGGGCUCGGCAGACCACGAUUGACGAGAUGUACGCCAGGGAGAAGUUGGUCGAGUUCACAUACGCGUGGCUUCAGUGGAUCUACGUGAAGAAGUUGCCAUUCAACACCUUCCGUGGUCCGAAGUUCCAGAGGGUGCGGCAGGCAGCAGAGAGAGUGCCUCGCUUUAUCCAGUUCCGGUUUCCCUCCGACAAGGUUACAGCGGGCGCCGGUAUCCCUUCGCAGAGGGCGAAGGUGGCGACGAUGAUGAGCGAGGUGCGCGCCACUUUCCAAAACAGCGGUGCCACUAUCCUUUCUGACGGGAGGAAGUCGCGCAGCGGCAAGCCGCUCGUGAACUUCCUCGUCGGGGGCGCCAAUGGCGCCCUGCUGUCCGCCACCGUCGCACGUGACGGGUCGGUCCGAGACACAGCGGACGUCGUGUACCGUAGGUGGCGGGUCAUCAUCUUGUCCUUUCCUGCAAAGGACGUGAUCGGCUUCUACACAGACUCCGUCAGUAAUUAUACGGCGGCAGCGCGCAGGUUUGCCGCAGAACCCGAGCCUGACAUCAGGAGGAUCACUUGGCUCCCCUGCUCCACCCAUGUCUGCAACUUGAUGUUGUCAGAUAUCGGGACGCGAGUGGUGUGGGUCAAGGAGACCAUCAUCCGCGCUCGAACGCUUGUGCGAUUUAUUAAAUCGCACGGCGCUGCUCACACCCUGUUUAGGAAGGUGGGCCCUCACGUUCAGCUCGUCGAGCCCAUUGAGACACGGUUUGCAUCGAUUUUCCUGAUGCUGACGUGUCUCAAAGGCCGACGAGACACGUUGGAGAGCAUGUUGCACGGGGAUGCUUGGGCACGCAUCCCGUGGGAUCGCGCCCACGUAUCUCAGGCGCAGUGGGUGCAGCAGCAGAUCCGGGACGGGGAGUUUUGGCAGCGUGUCCAGUACGCCAUCCUAGUCAUGUCGCCCGUCCACCWGCUGUUGCGCAGRAUGGAUAGAGGUGGGAUGAUGAUGUCCGUYRUUUACGAGUGGAGUCAGCRUCUSCUGCASUUGAUGAGGAGGGUGGACGUGYCGGAGGACAUGAUCGAGYCGUGCGUGCGUGAGGUUGCMAUCCRCARCCUCCACAUGCUAGAGCCCGCACAUGCCGCGGCCCACCUCCUCAACCCUCGUCGACGGUCCCUCACGUAUUACCAUUCGCUGCAGACGACCGCCGACGACCGCCGUGUGGUCGAGGAGUGCAACAAAUUUCUCCUAGCGCAGACCGGCGGCGAUCCGGUCGGCUUAUUGUACAGGAGCGUGAGGGACCAGAUGAGGGUGUUCCACUCGAGGCGAGGGGAUUGGGGAGAUCGUGACCUCUCCGAUGCCGAGGCGGCCGAUUGCAGGGAGGACAGCGAGACCGAGCGAUGUGCAGCAUGGUGGUUUGAGCAGGGACGUGCCCACCCGGAGUUGCGCACCAUCGCCAUCCGUGUCAUGCACUUGUGGACGUCUGCCUCUCCAGCGGAGAGGAACUGGGCGGAGCACGAGCGCGUCAGCACGGCGAGGCGCUGCACGCUUGGGUUCGCCAAGCUUGCACAGCUGGUUGAGAUUGCCACCAAUCUCAAACUGGCCUCGUGCGCAUGUCAAGGUGGUGGCUAUGUGUUGCCAUGGGUUAUGGGGACCGGUCGGGGGGGGACGGCGGCAGAGGAGGAGGAUGAGGAGGGAGAUGUGGAGCCCGAGGUGUGGGGAGCGCGACCUGAUGGCAGUGUUCUCGAGCAGGAGAUCCACCGGCAGAUUGUCGCUUUCCGUGACAGCCGACCGUCCAGAGCCCGUUCGCCGGAGGGUGGGGAUGAUGUGGACGCUGCUGCGGCAGACGACGACAUCAACGAUAACUGGACUGACGAUGAUGACACGCCGCUAAGUCGCGACCCGACGGCUGAGCGAGUGUACUUCACUUACGGUGGGGGUCGUGACGGCAUGGAUUCAUUCACAUCAGUUAUCACUGGUGAUGUGUCGUCGACCGCGCACGCGAGUGGCAGCAGCAGAGCCGGCGAUCGUCGUGGAGGACGUUCGCAUGCGGAGGUUCGCGUGGACGACUCGGGGGAGCAGCAGCCAUGGGGAGGUCUUCAGCAGACAGGCAGCCGUUGGGAGGUUAGGAGCGACAGCGAGGUCGAGGGGGAGGUCGAGGAUGAGGAGGUGCCCCUUCGCGAUCGUGGCUUCUCUCCCUCCCAUCAUCCGAUCUCUGCAAAGCCCGAGGCACUUAGGCGUUCGGAAAGGUUGGCGUCGGCAGCAGGCAGAGACCGGACACAUGACGGCGAGGAUCGUGGGGGGGAGAGGACUCCUUCCGACGCCGGUGGUGGACGACGCGGCGACGAGGAGACCGCGGGUGUCCCUGAGGGGCAGGAUGUUGUCAUGGGCGGUGGGUCCCCUAGUGGGGGCCGUGGCGAUAGCGAGACCGCGGGUGAUGAGGGACAGGGUGCCGCAGUGUGCGGCAGAGGAGAGGGUGGACCCGGUGGAGAUGGGGAUACCGCGGGUGUCGGUAGAGACAAUGGACCGGACAGCGAUGAUGAUGACGACCACGGUCCCGAGGACAAUGCGUAUAGGCUCGCCUUGGUGUUGAGGGACCCCACAGUGCCUCCCUUGCGCCCUGACGACACAGCGCACACUUUCUUCGAUGCCGACGCUUUGGCGCAUGCAUUGACGGAUAACCCUUUCGCACAUGUGAGCCCCAAGAGCGGCAAGCAGCGGGCCCCUGGGAGGGUAUAUUCACCGCCGCCAGGGAGGGAGUCCGGUGCGGGUGAGGUGGGGUCCGGGAGACGUAGCGACGGCGGCAGAGAUAGUGCAGGAUCGAUGCCUCCACCGCCCGCACGGACUCCAGAGGCCAGGGUCGACACCGGGGACCGGACGGUGGCACCCGAAGUUGCGCACAGUGGCGGUUCCCCGCCGCCAGUCCAAGGAGGUGUGGGUGGCGGAUGGUCAGCUGUUCGUCGGGUCGGGGACCGGUUGCGGGCGGACUACGACGCUGGGAGGGGCGUCUUCAUGGGACGUACGCCUGUUCAGACGCAGGCUGCGGAGGGUGGGUCCGGACGUCCGAGCCUGCAGAUGGCAGGCCGCAUGCUUGGUUUGUCACGAGCGGAGACGAGGAGAUCAUUGGUCCUAAAGGCCGCAGGGACAUCCACGGACAUGCUGCGGGGAGAGCAGUUCACAUCGGGCGAUGAGGGGUUGUUGAUGCGUCCCGGGACGAGACGACAGCAUGGCCUCUCGGAGGUUGAGGCUCGACUCGCUGCAGGGGUCGCCGCUGGGCAGGCAGCAUUGGACGCGAUUCAGAGGGAGAGAGAGAGGGGGAUUGCUGCACAGGCGGAGGAGGACGAGGACGCAGACACUGAGUCAGAGCCGAUCGAGACUGCGGCCCGCAGACACAGGGCACAGGUGGCCACGGCGGCCGCUGUAGCACAUGCGGCAUACGUCAGCGGGGCACGGGGCACAGGUGCCGGAGGAAGAGGAGGGCGUCGGGGAGGACCACAUGGUCGUCCAUCCUCCGGGAGAGGCCGCACGCGCUCUGGUGGGAGAUGACGACGUCCGUGGUGGUUUUUUUUUUGUUUCAUUACUUUUUUUUUGUUUUUCUCGUGGCUGUACGGCCUGGACGCUCUGUCGGCAGGGUUGUUGCAUAUUUAUGUCGAUGUUGUUCCAUAGAGACGACGACAGACUCGACAGUAUGUGGACAUUAGGGUUUUCUUUUUUUUUGGGCUACUUGGUUGUGCAGUAGAGACGACGCCCGUCGACGGGUCCAGUUUUUUUUUUGCUACUCUGUUGUGUAGCAGAGACGAUGGGUCCAAUUUUUUUUUGCUACUCGGUUGUACAGUAGAGACUACGGGUCGAGUUUUUGUCUUCAGUCUUGUACAUACGCAUUUCCAUUGAAAUGCUUUGUCAUAUAUUUGCUCUUGUUCUUGUUCCUCCACCAACAUUGGUCUUGCAUCUGAGUCGCUGUUGUUUGGUGAUUGUUUUCUGCUCUGUUGUCGUGAUUGUUGCAAAUUAUGUGUUUCUCCGAUGCCACGCACCUGCAUGUCAUGGAUGCCUCCAUUUGAAUGUGUUGUUAAUUUCAGAUGAGACAUAGGGAUGAUGUGCUAAUGAAUGUGUUCUUACAUAAAUGAUGUGGUAAUGAAUGUCCAUCAGUCUC